AUGGCAGCUCCUGCAUUGCGUCUGUUUGAACUGUGCAUGUGUCGUAACUAUUACCGCACCCAAGACCUGUUAAACAUCGGCCAUGACUGUAAUGUCUUAGAAAGCCUAUGCAAAGUUGCUCCGGUGCAGCAGGAGGUUGCUUUCAUUGACAGCAUGCUCUUCGCGAUUGCAUUGGAUAUCUUCACAAUUUCACUUGGAAUCGUAGCUGACCAAUAUGGGCGGAAGAUUGUUCUGGGGCUCAACUUAGCAUCAAAGGUUCUCUUCCAUCUGAUAAUUGGCAUGCUUGGAUACUUCCCCGAUGUCCUUCCUCCUCGUGCAUUCAUCUUCACGUACGUUCUCCAACCGAAGAAGCAGCCCGAGAUGCCCACCAUAUUUUUCAAUUGCUUGCCGACCCAAGCUGAUAAUGGCCAUGUCGGGAGCCAGAUCGAUCGUGCCGAGCCGUGA